CAAGACAGCCUCAGAGGGGCCAGUGGAGAGUGGACAGGCAGCGACCAAGAGCAACAAGGUGCAGGGUGCAAGGAAGACACAGUCAGCCAGACUCGGCAGGGACAAGGUCCCUAACAGUCACCACCAAGCCCCCGAGGUAGCUGGAGCCAGCACUGGGAGAAGUGCUGGUACAAAACGUCCCCAUGGGCCACCGUGGGCCAUGGCCACAUGCUUUUCUCCUCUGGGCCGCAGUGGCCAACCUGCUCCUCCCUCCCGCAGUGACCCAGCAGCUGAGAGGGGCCGGGCUGGCCCACAGCAACUGGAACAACAACGCAGGUGUCCCUGAGCCCUCGGAGGACACAUCAGCCGAGUUCAUCCACCAUAUCCACGGCCACGGGGGCCAUGAAGAUGAUGAGCACAAGGACAUUUCCAUGGAAAAUAGACAUCAUUCCCAGAGAUCAUGGCAAAGUCAUGGGGACAGUGGAGUUGAGAACGAAGACACCUCAAGGGAAUAUAGCCACCACCACCAAGGCCACAGGUACCAAGGCCACAAGGUGAUAAACAAUGGCAGCUCUGAGGAGGUCUUCACAGAGUGGGCCCAUGGGCACAGAGGCCCUGAGAACCACUUCCCCGGCCAUGGGAACCCCAGUCAUGACAGUGAGGAUGAAGAGGAGGAUCAUGUGCUGUCCAGCAAGCAUCACCGACACGUUCUCCAGCACACACACAGGGGCCAUGGUGGGGAUGAUGAUGGUGAAAGAGAGGAGGAAGAGAGGGAGGAGGAGGGGACCCCUGAGGACAGGCGCCAGGCCCACAGGCACAGAGGCCAUAAAGAAGAGGAAGACGAUGAUGACCAUGAUGAAGAUGACCAUGAUGAAGAUGAACUCUCAAGCAAGUAUGGCCACCACACCCACAGACACGGAGCCCACGGGACAGAAGAUGAUGAGGAUGUCUCAGAUGAACACCUGCAUCCUGUCCCCAGACACAGACAGCAGGGCCACAAAGAAAAGGAAUACAAUGAUGAUGACGAUGAAGAUGAAGAGGAUGUCUCCAUGGAGUAUGGACACCAUGCCCACAGGCACCAAGGCCACAAAGAAGAGGAAGACGAAGAAGAUGAUGACCAUGAUGAAGAUGGUGCUUCCACUGAGUAUGGGCAUCGUGCCCACAGGCACCGAGGCCACAGAAAGGAAGAGGAUGAGGAUGUCUCAGAUGAGCACCACCAUCCUGUCCCCAGUCACAGGCACCGAGGCCACAAAGAAGAGGAAGAUGAUGAGGAAGGAGAGGAAGAUGAUGAGGAAGGAGAGGAAGAGGAGGCAGAGGAUGUCUCUACCGAGGAGGGACACGACGCCCACAGGCACCAAGGCCACAAAGAAGGAGACGAGGAGACCUCAGAUGAACACCACCAUCACAUCCCUGCCCAAGGCCACAGGCCCACAGAAGAGGACGAGGAGGACAUGUCCACUGAACACUGGUACCAGCCUCCCAGACACGCCCACCAGGACCUUGGAGACAAGGAGGUGGAGGAGGAGGAGGAGAUCACAGUCCAGUUCAGCAGCCAUGUUACAAGCCAUCCACCCCAAGGCCCCAAGAGUGAGGAGGAGGAGGAAGAGGACUCCACAGAGAAGUACAAAACAGAAACCCCUGGUCAUCGCCACCACGGGGUCUCCAGGGAGCAAGAUGACGACAUCUAUGCUGAGCUCGGUCCCCAGCCCCCUGGCCACAGGCAACAGGACCAGCAGGAGGAAGAGACCCUGCAUGGUCACAGAGGGUCCAUCCGAGAAGGUGUCAGUCCCCAGCCCUCAAAGCAUGUGGGAGUCAGGGAGAAAAGCCAUUUGAAGGAGGGUGAUUCUGAAGAGGAGGAAGAGAAAAGAGAAGACCACAGCUCCGAAGAGGAAGAUGAUGAAGGCUCAGAGAAGGGGGAGGAAGGGGCCCACCUGGACCAGGAAGAUGAGGAAGAUGAGGAGGAAGGUCAUAGCCUCAGCAUGAGUGAGGAAGAGGAAGAGGAGGAGGAAGAGGAGGAAGAGAGGAAGGAAGAAAGGGCUGAGAUUCGGGCCUCACUGAGCCAAGAUCACAGGGAAGAGGAGGAGGAGGAGGAGGAGGAGGAGGAGGAGGAGGAGGAGGUAGAGGAGGAGGAGAUCCUGGAGGAAGAGGAGAUCCCGCUCAUCGUCAUCCCUAACCCCCUGGCUGGGAGGGAAGCGGCUGACGAUGUCUCCAGUGAGGAGGACAGUGGUGAGGAUGCAGGUUCGAAGGACAUCCAGGAGUACGGGAACUACCAGCCAGGGUCCCUGUGCAGCUACUGCACCUUCUGCAAUCGAUGCACUGAAUGUGAGAACUGUCACUGUGAAGAGGAGAACAUGGGAGAACACUGCGAUCAGUGCCAGCACUGCCAGUUCUGCUAUCUCUGCCCGCUGGUCUGCGAGACCCUCUGCACUCCAGGAAGCUACGUCGACUAUUUCUCCUCCUCCCUUUAUCAAGCCCUGGCAGAUAUGCUGGAGACCCCGGAACCCUGAUCUGGCCCUUGACUGCGGCGGAUAUCCCUCUCCGUCUUCUGACCCCUUACCAAGUGCCAUAUUUAUUUCUCUGAAUAAACGUGCUCCCCGAAACCUCA